GAAGUAAAAAGCAUGAAAAAGUUUACAUUCGCUUCGGCAUGUGUUAAUUUGUAAUAUUUUUAAUUGCAAUUUCGAGAUAAUGAACGUCUUAAAUAGAUUUUGGUUUGCUUCCAAACGAAUUGUAAACAUAUACAGCGUUGUUGGAUCAAAUCUACUGCAUUCAACUGGAAGCAAAUUAAUAACAAAGACCGCUCCAGUUCCAACUACGUUGGUCAAAUGCUUCUCCGUCUCGAGCCAGCGCUGGGACCUGAUGGAUUUUUUCGACGAUAAGAAAAAUUGGGGAGAAAAUGAAGUAAAACAUGGUCGUGCUUGGAACAGGGAUGAGCUGCGUAUCAAGUCCAACUCGGAUUUACACAAGCUAUGGUUUGUGCUUCUGAAGGAGCGCAAUAUGCUGCUUACCAUGGAGUAUGAGUGCAACGAUAAAAUGGAACUUUUCCCCAGUCCGGAACGGCUGGACAAGGUAAAUGAGGCGAUGAAUAAUUUGGAAGAUAUUGUGCGAGAAAGGAAUCGUGCUUAUUAUGAACUAGAAACUGGUGAAACUGGAGAACGUCCAGCCAAGCUGGCGACAAAUCAGCUGGGCUUGAAAUUCUAUUACCGUAUGGUUGAACACGUCAUUCCGAAAUAUGCCAACAAGAAGUGGAAUGAAACACACAAAUUUUUCUACCGGGGAUCGGCGGUGCACAAGUUUUUACGGCUAUAUCGAGAGAGGCUGUACAACGUUAAAAGGAAGCAAAAGAAUCGCGACCGAAACGAAGUUAUGGGCUUGCUGAAGCGAUACCCAAAUAUGGACCGAGCAGCAAUUGCAGAAAAAUAUCCUUCCGUUGAUGUCGAUAAGCUGUUGAAGUAUGAUAAAAUUCGAGGCAAUUACGAUUCGAGUAAGAUAUAGACGACCGAUAUGGUGGUAAGUGGAAUAGAUUAA